GAGCGGAGCUGAGGGAGGGAGAGGGCCGGUCCGGGUCUGGCCGCCGCCGCUGCUCGCCGGAGGUCUCCAGGCCAGGCUGCAGCUCCGUCCUCGGCUCCUGGACGCCAUCUGCGAGGCUCCACCGGCCAGCGUGGGAGAGCCGCGGGUGGCGGCCGCCCAUCAUGUCAGCCAAGGACGAGCGGGCCAGGGAGAUCCUGAGAGGCUUCAAACUAAAUUGGAUGAACCUUCGGGAUGCAGAGACGGGGAAGAUACUCUGGCAAGGGACUGAAGACUUGUCUGUCCCUGGGGUGGAGCAUGAAGCCCGUGUUCCCAAGAAAAUCCUCAAGUGCAAGGCAGUGUCUCGAGAACUGAACUUUUCCUCAGCCGAGCAGAUGGAAAAAUUCCGCCUGGAACAAAAAGUUUACUUCAAAGGGCAAUGCCUAGAAGAAUGGUUCUUCGAGUUUGGCUUUGUGAUCCCCAACUCCACGAACACCUGGCAGUCCCUGAUAGAAGCCGCACCCGAGUCUCAGAUGAUGCCCGCCAGCGUCCUCACGGGGAACGUGAUCAUCGAGACCAAGUUUUUCGAUGACGACCUCCUCGUAAGCACGUCCAAAGUGAGGCUUUUCUACGUGUGAGCGCGGAGCCGGCGUGCGCCCGGGGAGCCCGGGGCCCCGAGGGGAGGAGACGCGGCCUCCCGUGGUCCUCCGCACCUCUGAUUUUUGACCCGCCGCCCCGCUGCGCCGCGACGCCGCAGACCCGCCCGUGGCCGCCGGGGACCGGCCCCGCGCGCGCGGGAAACCACCGGAUGGCUUCUCCCAAACGGCCGUCGUCCGUUGACCAGACAACCCCCCCGACCCCGGGCCAGGGCAGGGGACGUGCCUCAACUCCUUCCUGGUGCAAACGUGGGAGCAAACGCACACCACGAGCCGACACACCGCGCGUGGCACCCGCCCGCCUCCUCCCCGGGCCCCGCCGGCUUCCUUUGGCCCCUGGUUUUGGAAAAAUUCACACGUUCCUGACCCAUGUUUAGUUUGUUGGUUUUUUUUCCUACCAUUUCUAUUUCAUACAUUCUCAUACAUUUAACUUGUAAAAUAGACUAUGAUAUUAUUAUUACAUAAUGUAAUUAAAAUAUUGCUACCGUCUUCAGCAUG